CGCGCGGUCAGGACGCGCGCGCGGUCGCACCGGAGAAGCGACGCGCGAGACCGAAACCCGCGGCGCGUCAGGAAGGACCGCGCCCGCGCGGAGAGAGGACCGCGCGUCGACCGCGAGCUCGCGCGCGGCGCGGCGCGGGGACGCCCCCGGGGCGCGCGGAGGGAGGGGCGCUCGGAGGGGGAGAUCUCGCUCGCGAGGAGCGCGGCGGACGGGACGCGCGCUCGAGGAGGAAGAGAAGAAGAGCGCGACGGCGGGGGUGACGCGGGCGGGAUGUCCGCGCUGAGAGAGGUCGCGAAGACCGCGCGUUCGCGGCGCGUUCGGAAGCAAGCCAUGGAGCUCACCGCCGCGGCGGCGUCGCGCAUCCGCGAGCUCCUGACGAAGCGCGAGAAGCAGUACCUCAAGAUCGGCGUUCGCACCAGAGGCUGCAACGGCAUGACGUACACGAUGAACUACGCGGACGAGAGCGACAAGGGGAAGUUCGACGAGGUCGUCACGCACGAGGAGAGCGGCGUGAAGGUGAUCAUAGACCCGGGGGCUUUGAUGCACGUGAUCGGAACGAAGAUGGACUUUGUCGAAGAUCGCCUCAGGAGCGAGUUCGUGUUUGAGAACCCGAACGCGAAGGGCGAGUGCGGGUGCGGGGAGUCGUUCAACGUGUAGAUACUGUAGUCAGUCGCGCGCGCGUCCGAGGACGCGGGCGGGGGAUAGGGGGAGGAGGCGAAAGGGGGCGGAGGCUGCGAGAUCUGCGGCCGCGUCGCGCCGCGCCGCCGAGGAAAAUUAGGUAUUCUUUCGACGACUGGACCAGACGUCGCGUGUAUGAUGAAUGACUAGAUAACGC